UGCAACUAGCCGGCGGUCACGUGUUGAUCUCUCUCCUCCAUCACCAUCCGGGUCACUCCGAACGUUCCUUUUUGGAACACCCGUGUGUGAAGUUCUGGACUUCCAUCUAAUAUCUAAACAUCUCCUAAGAGAAGAAGACGUUUUAGUUUCGUCUCCUCAAAUUGGCGGUCUUUUGAAGCGAUGUGAUUGGGGGAGAGUGGACGUGAAGUAGACGUCUUUUUUGGACAUUGUGGAUUUAUACGUUCUCUUACUGACUGAAUAGACUGUUGCAAUAGCAAAGGGAUUACUAUUUAUAAAAGAAAAUUACAUUUUUUGGCGUUACGCUCAGUCCCUGAACUCCGACAAAAGAUGCGCUCCUUCUCAGCAUCAUUGACUUCACUACUGAUAUUGUUAUACUGCGGUGACGUGUUAUCUGGAGUAGGCAUUCAGCCCAUUCAGUCACAGAAUAUCCCACCCUCAAAACCGCAACCAAAACGAGAUUCGCUACAACUUCAUCUGCCAGUAAUUCCUCAACAGCAAUCAAAUUAUCUGAUUUUGCCUAAAUCAAGCUUCAUUUUGCCGAAAAACAAUGGACAUCUGUUUGGAGCACCAUCAAACAGAAACACUAAUCGAAGGCCUGCAAAUGGUCCACCUGAGAAACUUCGACCAGAACUUCAGAGAAACAAACAAAGAAAUCCACCACAAAACAGAAAACCGAAUUUGCAGUUUAACAAUGGCCCUCAUCAACCAGCUGCAAGUCAGCAGCAUAAGCACGUACUAUCCAAUCUUCAAUAUCCACCAAGGAAUAACUUCAAACUCCAAAUACAAGAAGCUACAAUUCCUCAAAACAUAAAACCAGAUCAAAAUGGUCAAAACAGGCCUCCAAUUUUACCAAACUUUCAAGUUCAUCCACCAUUAGUAAACCACAAUCCAAAUGAAUUCCUCCACAAUGGUCUGCCUCCACGUAAAUUGAAACAAAAAAAUCAUCAAAAGAAUAUUCCGGUCCUUCUACCAACACACGACAUUGAAUCGGGGCAUAUUGGCGAACCUUCUCAGGAAAUAAAGCAUCAAGUGCCCAUAUUGCCUCAAACAGGUCCUGUUGAUAUUGAUCUUGCACACUUACUCUCAGCCCCACAGCAUGAAAAUGAAGUAGUAAAGCAUUCGUUUUCACAUUCAGUUGAAGUACAUCCAGUAUCCGGAGUUGAAAGCUCGCCACAAGAUUUGCACGAAGACAUUCAUAAACUGCAACAUGCUGAGAAAUUAAACGGUGGUCCUUUCGAUGAGUUGCAAGCACACAUUGCGAAAACCCAUGGUGAUCCACUGCAACAAAAUAUUCCAGGUCAUGGAUUUCCAUUCCCCGAUUUUGCAGAACCGGAACCAGGACCACAGCUAAAACACUCCAACUUUCCUCUGAGUCCGAAUUUAAAUCUAAACAACAGAAUAAUAACUCCAGAGGAAUCGAAACAAAGUCAGGUAAGUGUCAGAGCUAAGGCAUCUGAUGUAUACGAUCAGGCAAAAGAAGAAAGCGCGCCGAUUGCGCUGUAUGGUCAGGUUCUUCCACCCAAUGAUGCAACAUACAGUUCCGAGAUAAACAACUUCCCUGGCUUACAUGACCACGAGAGUGCUGCUGAUGAAGACAGAUGGCCAAUCAUUUCACCCGAAAUGCCAAAAAUCGUGCAUCUUGAUGUGAAAUGUGAAAAGAAUUUAAUGAGGGUAUCCAUUGAUUUCGACAAGCCUUUCCACGGCAUUAUAUAUAGCAAAGGACAUUUCAGUUACGGAAGGUGUGUACAUUUACCAGCUGGAUCAGGCCAUAACAGUGUCCAGUUUGACAUUUCCAUCAACAGCUGUGGAAUGCAAGGAAACUCUCCAUCGGGACACUAUGGUCCCACCGAAACUGGAUCUUACUUCGAAAACACAGUCGUGGUGCAAUACGAUCCACUUGUGCAAGAAGUUUGGGAUCAAGCACGAAAGCUGAGAUGCAACUGGCAUGACCAGUAUGAAAAAACAGUCACAUUCCGACCUUUCAAUGUUGACAUGCUUCAAGUAGUGAGAGCAGACUUUGCUGGUGACAAUGUGGGUUGCUGGAUGCAAAUCCAAGUGGGUAAAGGUCCUUGGGCAAAUGAAGUUGCUGGAAUCGUCCGCAUAGGUCAAACCAUGACACUGGUUCUCGCAAUUAAAGACGACGAAAGUAAAUUCGACAUGAUGGUACGUAAUUGCAUCGCCCACGAUGGCAACAGAGCACCAAUAGAAUUGGUUGACUCUUCCGGUUGUAUUACCAGACCAAAAUUAAUGAGCCGAUUCACCAAAGUGAAGAAUUUCGGAUCAUCAGCAUCUGUGUUAUCUUUUGCUCACUUCCAAGCUUUUAAAUUCCCUGAUUCGACAGAAGUCCACAUACAGUGCACAGUACAAAUUUGCAGACACCAAUGUGAAGAACAAUGCAGCAUACACAGGAGAAGAAAAAGGCAGGCAAUUGUCGGCAAGGGCGAAGUCAGGGAGAUAGGGCUGAACAGCAUACUUCAAGUUGUAGCAGUUGAAGACCUCACGUUUUCUCCCUACCAAAAUAAAACCGACGACGAUACAAACAGAAUCACAACUGAAAAGAGCAAAGUAUGUAUGUCUUCCUCAGGAUUCGCAGCGUCCCUAAUAUUGCUCCUUUCCAUAGUGGUCAUAUCCAGCUUGAUUGCAGCAUUUCUCUUCCUCAAGCAAAGAAACACUCCAAAAAUGCCACCGCUUCCUUAUGACAUGGCAGUUUUCAAAAAGCAUGUUGAAAAACAAAUUAAGAAACAGCAGCAGCAACAACAGCAAAAGAAAUUGUAACUUAUAUUGAAGUCAUGAUUAUGGUGCACAGAAAAUCAAAAUUGGCAUCCAAAACUAAAAUAUUAUCAAAAUAAAAAAAAUUACUACCCACUAAGAUCAAUUUUGCAAAAAUAAUGCACUCAAUUAUGGUACAACAUUAAUGAAGUAAAUGUUAAGAUAUUCUUAGCAUAUACAGUUAUAAUGUGAUCAAUUUAUUUAUUGUACCUAAAAUAAGAAGAAGAAAAAUUAGUAGAAAUGAUAGCUCAAAUAAUAGCCUUAACAUUCUCGUGUAUCCAGAACUUAUAAUGUAAUAUUUAAGACCUUAUAGUGCUGUGAAAACAUCUUGAAAGCUUAUAGAAUACAAUUCUCAACUAGAUUAAAUAAUGUUUUACUUCCUCUAUUUUAAUUUUUUUUAAAUAUUUUAUGUGACUUUGUAAUUGGAUGCUACUUUGAAAAAAUAUAUCAGAUAUUUGUAAAUUAUUUUGUAUAUAUAAGAAGCUUUCUUUAACUUUCUGUGCAAGUUGAGAUAGAAGUACAAAUCAAUAAGAUUUGUACAUAUCAAGUAUUAGAUAUUUUAUAGUAUUAGAUUAGGUUUAUACUAACAAUUGACACAAAACAUGUUAAAAGCACAAAGUAUUAGAUGUUCU